AUGACUGUGUCAGCGAUGAGUUCAAGUAAUAAACUUGGUUCAUAUAAAAUUGAAGGGCAAAUAGUUUCCCCACCUGGUGGCAAUGCCCUAGCCGAUACACGUAUUCUGGUUAACCAAGGUGAAUAUGUCGGUAUUCCUCGAGUCGAUGGCACUUUUGUCAUAUCAGGUGUACCAAGUGGUUCAUAUGAAGUUUCAGUUAGUUCACCACAAUAUGAUUUCAAGCCAGUACGUGUUGAUAUAAAUACUAAUGGGAAAAUUCGUGCGCGUAAAGUUAAUCGCCUUCGACCACAGGAAGUUGUUUCAGUGAAAUACCCACUCCAUUUCAAUACGUACACCGAACCAAAUUAUUUUCAAAAACGUGAAGCUACUAACUGGGCUGACAUUAUCUUCAAUCCGGCCAUUAUUCCAAUAGUUCUAGGAAUUGUUUUAGUAUUUUUUCUACCAAAGCUAGUUCCACCAGGACAAUUAGACGAGAUGCAGCGUAUGUUCCCACAAGGAACCGGCAUGUUUCAACCGAAUAUAAAUAUGCCCGAUCUCGUCGAUAUCUGUAUUCGAUUAUUUGGUGCACCUAGAAGACAACCACGGAUAAGUCAACAAUCGCUUGCAGUCGAUACAGAAGCUCCUGCUAACACACCACGACAGAAAAAGAAAUUACGAAAGCGAAAUAAAUGA